CCCUGAUUACACAACCACCGAAGAUAAUUGCGGUGGUAGAGAAAUCAUUACUUGAAGCUGAGCAAGCGCAAGAAAAAUCAAGAGGUUUUUACUCUCGACGCGACGCGAAGAUGGCGGACGCGGAGCGGCGCGUGCAGUCGAUGCCGCAUCAGCGUCUGGAUCGAGAUCCCUCACGCUUGACAACGUUCCCGGUGCCCGGGUUCUUGGCUCCCACUUUUCAGGAACCAGACAGCAAUGCUGUUAGCUCUGAGACUCCAAAAGCUGUCGGUAUGUGCCACAACUGCAGUUACUGUCGGGGGGUAAUGACAACCUAAGCGGUUACUGGUUUACUUUGAUUUUGCCGUCGAUUGUCAGCGUCUCCUGUGAAGAUACGCCCUCCGCCCAUGUCGGCUGGCAAUCAGUACUGGAUGCCAGAUCACCUCUGCAAGGUAUGCUAUGAUUGUUCUGCAGCGUUCUCACUUUUCCGACGUCGUCAUCAUUGCCGACUCUGCGGACAAAUUUUCUGCUACGAGUGCAGCAACCAAUUCGUCGAUGGAACACCCCACGGGUUUCCUGGCGUCGUUCGAGUGUGCACUUUCUGUUUCCAAUUCGCAGACGCCGCUGGAAAAAAGAAAGCAGUAAACAAGGAUCAGAGACGGCACUCGAUUGAAAGUUUGGAUGGAAACGAGACGUCGAGAGAUUCUCUCUCCAAUCGGUUUGACAGGUCAUCGCAUCGGCUGAGUGGAGAACUUGGCGCUGUAAAGCCAUCACCGCUUGUUUUUGGUCCACCAAUUGAUCCAAAUGAAGCACCGGCGCUGUUAUCGCCAGUCGACUCAAAUUCAAGUGAUCCUGCUGGGUUAGAGCAACCUGCAGACCCAAUGAGCGCCACAACCGAGUCGGUAGAUUUAUUCGAGGAAUCGGACAGUGUAGAAGUGCAGCAGAGGUUUCGCCCUCGAGUGCGGACCAGGAGGAGACAUUCCAGCGCGGAACUUUUAGAUGCGAUUGAAAGUGGUGGCCUUAUGGAAGCCGAAGUGCUGGCUUUUAAGCAGGGGCGAAAGAAAUCGUCUCCUAAAAAAGAGAUUUCAACUGUUCCUGAAGAGACACGGUGGGAACUUGCAGCGCACAACAGUAAUAACCUUCAUACGCAACGAGAAAUUGCGCUGGACAUGUACAUGCAAAGCGCCCACGACCAAAUUCGCGAUGGCAUCAAACAGUCGGUGUCCGCUCUGUCAGACAGCUUACCAGAGUCUGAGUCUAUUGACCUGAAUCAACUGGCUCUGACGCUGGAAGACAUGGCUUUUGUCGUGACGGGCCAUUUACUCUUCAGCAUGAAUUUCCGCUCUCCAAGUGGCUUUAACUACUCGAAUCUCGUCAAAGUGAAGAGCAUUGCUAUGGCUACCGAUGCUCAGACAAGCAAGAAGGAGCCAAAUUACAAUUUCAAGUGGCUAGCUGGAACUGUAUGCCACAAGCACCUGAGCCACAAACAAAUGGCGCGACAGGUUGCGAAUCCGCGCAUUUUACUUUUUGCGUGUGGAAUAAGUUACGACCGCUCGAACGGAACUGGGCGUAUGAGCUCACUCGAUACAUUACUGGAGCAAGAAAAGAGCUACAUGGCCAUAUUGGUCGACAAAAUAUCUGCGUUGGAGCCGGAUGUCAUUUUUGUGGAGAAAACUGUCUCGCGAUAUGCACAAGAGCUGUUGUGUGAACGCCGAAUAUCGAUCGUGCUCAAUGUCAAGAGUGAAAUGCUGCACCGAAUUGCACGUCACACUGGGGCUGACGUUUUGACAUCUGUGGAUCAUGUGGAUAAAGCUGACCCUGCAAAGGUAAUUGGCACCUGCCGUUCGUUCUUGGUCAAGUCGAUCCCUGUGGUUCCGGACGAAGGCUUGUCACCAGCGAAAAAAUCGUUGCAGGCGCUUGCUGGAGUGUUCAUGAAAGCACCAGCGGUGCCAAGUCGUUUGCGAACCGACACAUACUUGUACCUUGACGGAUGUGACCCGCUUAAUGGCUGCACAGUGCUGAUUACUGGUCCGUCAAAGCAUACAUUGAGGCUACUGAAGCAGCUAACGCGCACAGUGCUAUCGAUGACGUAUCAGUUACUGUUGGAAGCUCAUGUGUUAUCCGACCUGGAUUUGAACAAGAACGUCAGAGCGAAACUUACAGAGGAACAACACACAACCUGGUGCACAACAUCAACCUUACGUAUCCGCGACCCUGGAUCUCCAAACCCUCGUUACCAUCAAUGCGUUGAAGCCAAGCAUCUUCGUAUUACAGCUUGCUCGGAUGAGGAUGUUUCGUUCGGGAAUUUUCUGAACCAAGAGUUGGCAGCCCUCUCUCUAAAGUGCCAGAAUGUAAAAUGCAACCAUUUAAUGGCAGAUCACGUUCACUCGUUUAGCUGCCGAACAGGAACGAUCACAAUUUCGUUCGAGGAAUUACCGGACAAAAACAAACAGUCUUUGUCCAUGUCCAUGAGCCAAGCGAGCGACACUGGGGCGACUGAUAAAUCGUUUGGAUCUUUUAGCGAGCUGUCCUUCACGAUGGGCUCCGAGAGAGAUAUCAACUUACUGGCGAUGAUGACACCAAACUCCUUCUCGCAAACUUCUGGAAAUGAAGACGAAACUGCGAUGGCGGCGGAAAAAGGAUAUCCAACGGUGAUUUUUUGGCGAUGGUGCCGCGAGUGCAAAGGUGUCACUUCGCCAUUUAUUCCGUUGGAGAAGUAUAUUUACAAGUACUCGUUUGCAAGAUUCCUGGAAGUCCUUUUUUCUGAGGCAGAAGGGUCAGUGCUGCCUAAAUCACCGUCCGCAACGUGUACACAUACCUCUAUGGAGUCACACGUUCUUUUCUUCAACAUCGGCAACUCCGUGGCACGUUUCGAUUUCCAAAAGCAGGUGUCACUUCGUCUUGGUCAUAUCGAUUUGAAGCGCAGUACCAAUACUCUCCGCUCAAAGCAGUCUUGGAAUAACAUUGAGCAAGAGAUUGUGGAGAAAGAAGUCACUGCUCGUCUGGAGAGGUUAAAGGGCCUCUUGAAGUCGCUUAUUAAGUCUUUUACCGAUAAAGUGCAAGGAAUCAAUCUGGCUGUGGGGGCUUUCGAGCGCACUGAUGCGGACCAUCAUCACGCUCGAAUCAUUCUCGAAGUUAUGUGUAUUUCCAAAAUGGUGCGAAGUGGUGACGCAAUGAUUUCACAUAAAUUAACGCAAUUGGGAAAAGAGCCUGCAAACAGUUUGGGGGCUUGCGACGCCACCCAACGUGCACUGUAUUUGAUGGCAUGCAAGUGGAUUACUUGCAUGCUUCGACUUCGCAAAUUAAUUAAGAGGCAUCUAUCGACGGAGGCAGCACCACCAGCUCCAAAUAGUGGCUCGUUCACACUUGGGGGCGUCACGUUUCACCCUACUGCUGUUCUGUCGCCAAUGGCAUCCCCACGGGUCGUAGAAGAAUCCACCAUGACCCCCAGCGCAAUUGUUAAGGAGCCCGAUUGGGGUGAAGGUGCUGAACCUCUCGUUCGACGAAGAAGUAGCGGUGCUCUUAGCUCUGUGACCGAGUCAGAAGCAACCACGCGAAGUGCAGUAUCAUCAGCAUCAACUAUCGGAAACAUUGAGUCAUCCAAAAGAUCAUCGAUGCCGUUCUCCAGUGGUGCUUACAACACUGGGGACGGAAAAGAGGGUUCACGACCAGGCUGGAAAGAUGCGUUAUUGGAUCUCUACCGCGUUCUCGGCCGACCUGAACCUGGAAGUGACUUCACCAUAGAUCUUCCUGAUGAACUGAUCGCAGGGCAUCCAAGCCUACCUCAACGAUCAAAAUCCCGCGUAGUGCUGGUAAACGAGGCAAAACCGAUCACAUGUGUUGCGUAUGCUUUAUCUACAGAUUCUUACGAAGAGGAGUUGGACGGAUGGAAACUUCGUGUCCAUAGUGAAGGGGUCGAGUCAGUUGCUGCGCAGAAGCAAAAUUUUGAUGGUGCAAGCACGAACUGGUCACGGGCAGCUCUUGAAACAACGCUGAAUGUACCGUUCAAGUUCGCUGCAGUGGAAAUGCCGGUUCACUUGUCACUUUUGCCAGGCAACACAUCGUCAACAGCGUCGAAUACGUGCUGGGAAUUAUCGACGAUAGCAUAUUACCCACUUCAGUUUGAAGUCCUACGUGAAUUAUUCUACGGGAGUCUGCAGAGUUUUGCAUUUUCAAUAUCUCACGUGGCAAACUGGGAUGCCAAUGGCGGAAAAUCGGGUGCCUCCUUCUACCGAACACUAGACGACCGCUUCGUUAUCAAGCACAUCUCAUCGAAGGAAAUGCAGAGUUUCUUGGGAUGCCUCCCAGGCUACUUCAGAUACAUGGCGAGUAUUUACUUUGACGGACGAGCCAGUCUUUUAUCAAAGACUGUCGGGCUUUUCCAGACUACCAUUACUCGAAAGGAUUCCGGACAGAAGACGGUGCAAUACAUCUGUGUCAUGGAAAAUGCGUUCUACCAAAAGCAGCUCACACGGACCUACGAUCUCAAGGGAAGCUCUCGGAACCGGUUUGCCAAGCCGCGACCUACCUCGGAAAAUGAUACCAGUAACCAUGUACUGCUGGACGGCAACUUCUUGGAGUUUACCAAAGGCCACCCCGUGGGUGUGCUAGCAGAGGACCACGAGUUUAUAUUGAAGGCGGUGGAGAACGAUACUGCAUUUCUCUACUCGAUCAACAUCGUGGACUACUCGAUGGUUAUGGGACUAAGUUAUCGACAAGGCGACACUGGAGAGAAGGAGGAGGAUCCAUCGGAAAUGACCGCUGGUAUCAUUGACUACCUGCGUCAAUUCGAUCUAAUCAAAAGAGUUGAGAGUGUCGGCAAGUCUGUCGGUAUGAUCGCUGGACAAUCGUCUCCUACCAUUAUAGAACCGGGCCUUUAUGGCAAACGCUUUCGAGAUGCCAUACACCGGUACUUUAUGCCAGUAACUCCAAUAUCGUCCGGCACCAACGAUGAUAAAUAAACGACUUUAUGAUUCUGAAGAUUUCGAUGGUGGUGCGAGUGCUCGGCUAAUAGCUUCAAUGUGUGCUGACGUGGAGAUAAUAGGCAACAAACAGCGGCAGCGAGUAAACUGAACAGCGUGUCGUGAACAUUUUUUUCGGAAAUGCUUCGUUCCAAUGCUCACACCUCGCAGACCAUCAGUAACAGGGUAUACAAACUGAAGCGCGGACGAACUGGAGGUGUUGGCAUGAGGUCUCGAACUCCUGAAGUUCGGCUUCCGUUGGUAAGUGAAAUGCAUGUUCGGCGGGGGUUGAACUGAAAUGGUGAAGCCAGCUGAAGCCUUUGCUUUGAGGUCUUGCGUAGCCAUUCGAAGCGCUGGGACCAAGAUCACACGUUCUGCUAUGGCCUCAACAAGCCGCGCAGUAUCGUCGACCGUCAUCGGCAACGGUAAUAGUGGUGUUUCCUUGUCUCCAGCACUGAAAUUUCGCAAAUUUAUGGCUUGGAUACAGUCUGCAAGAGGAACAAUCAAGUCUGAUAAUGUGCUUCCGACGCAGAGAACGAAGCACUCAGCUGUUAAGCGAUUGAUUGAAGACACGCUGCGAAUGGAGAUCUUGUCGCCUUUACGAGUAAAUUCUCGUCCACAUAGCGAAUCAGCGUAGGUCCAAUUGAGAUAACACAUGAGAUUCAUUGAGCUCGAAUGCGAGAAGAAUCCGUUGUAAGUGAUGCACGAUUCCAGAUCGUAGCCAUCCAGUCGAAAUGAUAGACCACACUACAAACACAGACAUUUAGCAACGGUUGAGCGGGAAAAUCAACAAAGUAAACUCGAACCUUUUCGAUGAUGAGCAUGACACGAUGUCCACUGAUGUUCACUCCUCGCUGAAAGACCCGCUGUGCCAUGUAGAAUGUGCAAGUCCCAUCACGGAAUGCUGCAGCUCUCAGUCGGCCACGGUAGCCGCGGAAGAUCCGUUGGAUUUCGCCUGCCUGGAUUUGCCACAGUCGAAGCAGCUUUCGGAACGCGUAUCCCUUGUAAAUUUUCUGGAUAGCUACAGCACUAGAACGCCUCAGUUCUCGAAGCAUGUAAUUCUCGUGAAGUUGGCGGUACAUUUCGUCUGCCUGUUUCUGCCUAAUAGCAUUAAGAAAUCGUUCCCGCCGAACCUCAGCUCGGAGUCGAAAUCCUCGAUACACCCUCUCAAUAUCAAUAGCUGCUCGCGAACAAACCAUAGCGCUCUGGUGCUGCUGUCGACGUUU